UGCUGUACAAGAAGGGUGACCGGUCCAACUGUAACAACUACAGGGAUAUUUGCUACUAUCUCACGUAGGCAAGGUUCCCAUCAAGAUCAUCACCAACCGUCUAAGCGCCUUCUGCGAAGCCAACAACAUCCUCCCGGAGGAACAGUGCGGAAUUCGACCCGAGCGCUCCACCGUCGACAUGCUGUUCGUCGUGCGCCAACUCCAGGAGCUGGGGCGGAGAAAAAAAAUACCGCUCUACAUGUGCUUCGUCGACUUGAACAAGGCGUAUGAUUCGGUGGACCGAGAGAUGCUAUGGAAGGUGCUGACCAGGGCCGGGAUUCCCGCGAAGCUGAUCGAAGUCAUCCGCCAAUUCCACGAUGGAAUGCGGGCCCGGGUGCGCAUGACCGACGGAGAACUAUCGGACUGGUUCUUCGUGACACAGGGCGUGCGACAAGGAUGUGUGCUAUCCCCACUGCUGUUCAACAUCUUCUUCGCCGAGGUCCUCGAGGUCGUUGUCAUCCGAUUCAGCGAGGAUGAUGUUGUUCUGCGGAGCCUGGUGUGCUUGGAGGAGGGGAAGACGGAAGCGGGGGGGGGGGAGGAGACACCCCUUGACCGAGUACGGAGGGCAGUAUGGGGGAUGCUGUAUGCCGAUGAUGCCGGCGUCGUAUCGAGGUCUGCAGAAGGACUGGCGAGAAUGAUGACCAUCAUCGUUGACGGGUUCGGGGAGUUCGGGCUAACGGUGUCGGAGAAGAAGACGGAGACGCUCCUGAUGCGCGCAAAGGACAAGCCGACUACCACAUCACAGCCCGCCCCGCCUCCACCACUGACCAUCGAAGCCGCGGGACAGAAAUACGCCCAGACGACCGAGUCCCUGUACCUCGGUGGCCUCGUCAACGAACAUGGCGACCUCACCCGGGGGAUACUACAGGAGCAGAGGAGCGUGGGCGUGCCUCAGGCGAUAUGGCCGGGAGCUCUUCGACAGACCGCAAGCGCCAUUCCGACUCAAGAUCCGCCUGCUCCAGGCGGAGGCGAUGGAGGCACUGCUGUACGGUUGCAUGACAUGGUCACCACUCAGAGGCAACUAUCAGACGCUGCGGUCGAUACACCACCGACUGCUCCUUCGAGUUACCGGACGCUGAAGAGGGUCGAAUGCCAGAGCGUUGAAGCCACGAUCCGACAACGACGCCUACUGUUCGCGGGAGCAUUGGCAAGGCAGCCGGACGGGCGACUCCCGAAACGACUGAUGUUCGGCGAACUGGCAGGGGGGGAGAAGCGACGUAGGGGGGGACAGGAACAGAACUGGCCGAAGUGUGUGCUCGACGACCUGAAGGCAUUCGGGGCCGACCACGGAUCUACGAAAACCGAUCCAUGUUGUCUCGGAAUCCCGGUACCGAAAGACACGACCCCGAAGGUAAAGUGGACGGAAGCCGCGAAGGUAGAGGGGGGAGUACCCUGGCAUGCGGCGGUGCUGCAGGGAGCUGAGAGGUUCAUGACCUCCUGGCACGAGAAGGAAGAAGAGGCCAGCCGACAACGGGCGCUCAAACGAAACCACAAGCCACCAACCAAUGGGGCGGGAGGGGGGCAGGAGACGGACGAGACGGCGAGGGAAGAAAGCAAACGAGAAGAGACGGACCGAGUGGCGCGAUACGUGCCGGAUUGA